AUGGACGGUAUUGCGCGUAUGUUACGAGAAUUAUCAGACGAAGAAGUAGGAGAUAGUUUUGAAGAUUUUGAUAGUGACAGUGAUCUCAGUGACGAAAAUAUUGUUUACGGUAAUUUUGACAGUGAUUCGGAACAGAAUAUUUCGGAUGAAGAUGUAGAAGCAAUGUACACAGAUGAACUGUACUAUAAUGGAAAAGAUAAGGUUAGUAAAUGGCGUGAAACUGAGUUCACCAAGCACUCAAAAACUAAAAAAACAUAA